GUCUGUUCAGUCACGUGGCAGCGGACUUCCCAUGCUCUACAGAACCCGCUUUAGCGAGAACUCUGGGACAGACGUUCUGCGGCCAUGGGGCCUUGGGUGACUGCUGAGAGCUGCCUAGCGGCCGGCUUGCUGAAGAAACAAGUGGCCGUGGUCACCGGUGGGGGCACAGGCAUUGGAAAAGCCAUCUCCCGGGAGCUCCUGCACCUAGGCUGUAACGUGGUCAUUGCUUCCCGGAACCUGGACAGACUAACCGCUGCCGCGGAUGAACUGAGAGCCUCUCUGCCUCCCUCCAGCAGCGCUCAAGUCACCGCCAUACAGUGCAACAUCAGGAAAGAAGAAGAGGUGAAUGAUUUGGUCAAAUCUACCUUAGCUAAAUAUGGCAAGAUCAACUUCUUGGUAAACAAUGGAGGAGGCCAGUUCUUGGCUCCUGUCGAAGACAUCACUGCAAAGGGAUGGAAUGCUGUGAUCGAAACCAACCUGACAGGCACCUUCUACAUGUGUAAAGCAGUUUACAAUUCCUGGAUGAAACAGCACGGAGGGUCUAUUGUCAACAUCAUUCUCCUUCUUCAUAAUGGGUUUCCAACAGCCGCGCACAGUGGAGCUGCAAGAGGAGGUGUUUACAGCCUCACGAAGUCCAUGGCUUUGGCAUGGGCCAGCAGCGGCGUAAGGGUCAACUGUGUUGCUCCUGGGACCAUUUACUCCCAGACGGCUGUUGACAACUAUGGCGAAUUAGGACAAACCCUGUUUGAGAUGGCCUUUGACAGUAUCCCGGCUAAGCGUGUUGGAGUCCCUGAGGAGGUCUCCUCUCUGGUGUGCUUCCUGCUGUCCCCUGCAGCUUCCUUUAUCACUGGACAGUUGAUCAAUGUGGACGGAGGCCAGACUCUGUACUCUCGCAAUUUCAACAUACCAGAUCAUGACAACUGGCCGGUGGGAGUUGGGGACCUUUCUGUUGUCAAGAGGAUAAAGGAAUCUCUUAAGAAGAAAGCCAAGCUCUAAGCCAAGGAAGCAUCCACCCAUCUUGUUCCUGCGUGCCUUUAUUGCCUUGAGAAUGUUCUGUACGAGCUUAGGAUUUCGGGGGCCUGGGGGCGGAAUCACUUUAAUGUUAGUAGUUUUUGUCUUUGCAAAAACUACUCCUAAAAUAAAUGUAUUUUCAUGUUCAAA